AUGACUCCAGUGCCUUCCAGCAAUGAGCUGGUGAAGAUCUGGAUUGAGCGUUGGCAAGUCAAAGAUAGGUCUGGAGAAUCAUUGACUCUGCAAUCAUUCAGAGAGGCGCUCUUGAGUUCUUGCAGUGGCGAGGAUGCGCUCUUUGGCACCUUGGACGAUGCGGGAGAUGAUGGCUUUAUAGCUGACACGGAGAUGGAGGGACCGGAACAUGCAGUUGGCGUCGUCCCCCAUAGAGGCACUGAGCUGCAACGCUGGGGCGGCGACGGCGGCACCGGCGGCAGCGCAGGGCGCCCGUUGAGCUUCACACACGGAGGCGACUCCAAGUUGGCAGCCAUGGGAGGAAUCUGA